AUGUCAAUCCCCUACAUCAUCUCAAAACGUCUCGACCCCAUUUUCGCCCUGAGCGUAGGCAUCGCCGCCGCUGCUGUGCGCAUUAAUCGCGAGGAGAAGGAGAAGGGGAACACGACGCAGGAGUCUGUGCGGAGUUUGAGGAGGAGGUGGGAUUUGUUGUUUGAGAGGGAGGAGGUGGGGGUUGGUGCUGGUGCUGGGGGGAAGAUGGAUGGGAAGAGGGCGGGGUGA